GCUCGAGCCACCGAGACCAACAAAUUGACUAAACUAGGCUACAGUGCAUGACAGUUUUGAAGGACAUCUCAAUCAGGAUGGGAAAUGGAAUCAAUAAGAUUCUACCUGACCUCUAUUUGGGUAACUUCAAAGAUGCAAGGGACAGAGAACAACUAGCAAAACACAACAUCACACAUAUUCUGUCUAUCCAUGAUACAGCUGCUCCUAUUCUUCAGGAGAUGACCUAUCUGUGCAUUCCGGCAGCAGACCUGCCCACUCAAAACCUCACACAGCACUUCAAAGAGAGCAUCGUCUUCAUGCAUGAAUGUCGUCUGAAGGGCGAGGGCUGCCUUGUUCACUGUCUGGCCGGAGUGUCCCGGAGCGUGACGCUGGUGGUGGCCUACAUCAUGACGGUGACGGGGCUGGGCUGGCAGGAGGCUCUGGCCGCGGUGCGGGCGGCACGGCCCUGUGCUGGGCCCAACCAGGGCUUCCAGCGCCAGCUGCAGGCGUUCGAUCAGAACGAGGCCCAGCAGUACAGGGACUGGCUGAGGCGGGAGUACAAGGAGAACCCGUUUGAGGACGAGGAGCACCUGCGCGGCCUGCUGCUCCAGGUCCCAAAGCCCGCCGCCGUCACACCUCAGGACACCUGAACAGAACUGCACAGCGCCUGCGUCCUUUUACCGACGGACACGUGCACGAGGGGGGGGGGGGGCCCGUCGGAGAACUCCCCCCGAGAACCGUGCUCUGACAUUCGUACCUACGUUUGACUGUGGGUUUUCAUCCUCGCAAGACGAGUCGACCAUCACACAUUAUUCCAAAGGAAGGGCUUUGGGGCGUGAGAGGGUUAUGUGUUCAUGAUCUGUUUUUGGGGCACAGCACUGUUACACAAUCCUGUUAUGAUCUUUACUGCCAACGUUUGCGCUAUGACGAAGUGCUAUACCACUUUUUAUUAACUUCUGUCUUUUUUUAAUGUCGUCAUAUGAUGAUCACUGCCCUGUAUUUAUUUGUGUUCUGCACUCUAAAAACUCCAUUGUCAGCAUCUAUACGUUGACAAGUGAAUUUAGUGAAUGUGUGUAUUCUGCUUUGUCCAAAUGUUCAGGAGAGACUAAAACCCUGUCAUUGUGGAGUUUUUUUUUUUUUUUUAAGUAAUUACCUAAUUUUACAGAUGCUGCCAUUUUUACUGUCAUACUGUAGGUGUGGGGUGUGAGGAAGUGUGUGGAGAGCUGCAUUCACAGCCAAGUCAGAGCACAGCACAUACACAAAUACUUGACUGGCAGGUCAACAACUGCCACUAUUUAUUUUCGUUAUUGUCACAAUUGUACAUGUUGUAAAGCUAAGGAAUUGUGGUCUGAACCAGUGAUCUUUGUAUUGACAGCAAUGUCAUUAAAGAGAUUCAAUCAGAGCACUGAA